CACCACAUGUCACGGGACGUACACAAACAAGAAAACCGCACAGUUUCUUGUUUUAUUAAAGACAUAAACGGAAGCGUCCGGGUGUCUCGUGUGUUUUACUUGGGAAUCAUGGAGGACGAGGAUCCUGCUGCGCGCGCUCGUUGUUCCCGUCAGUUUAGGAACUGGGCCGGGUUCGGCCUUCUGGGAUUGUGCAACAACUUUGCUUAUGUGGUGAUGCUGAGUGCUGCCCAUGACAUCCUUAAAAAACAAGAGUCAAACAACUCCAGUGCAUCCGCUUUGGUUUCUCCGGCUGUGGAUGUUGGAGGUGGGAACAGCAGCAACAGCAGCACCUAUGACUGCAAUCCUGUCUCUACCGGGGCUGUGCUGUUAGCCGACAUCCUGCCAACUCUUGCCAUCAAGCUGUGUGCUCCAUUCGUCAUCCAUUACCUGCCGUACGGGGUUCGAGUGUUGUUCUGUGUUGUCAUGGCAGCAUCAAGUUUCCUGCUCGUGUCCUUCUCCUCUGCUGUGUGGAUGAGCAUUCUGGGAGUGGUCUUUGCCAGUUUAGGUGCAGGACUGGGAGAACUGUCCUUCCUCUCUUUGACUGUCUUCUUUAACAGGAAUGUACUGGAAGGCUGGGGCUCCGGUACUGGUGCUGCUGGUGUUGCUGGUGCCGUCCUCUACUCAGGCCUCAUUCAAGAGGGCCUCUCUCCCAGAGUCACUCUGCUCAUCAUGCUGGUGGUUCCACUACUUAUGAUAGUUAGCUACUUUGGCCUCCUGGUUCCUGUGUCUUCAUUCCCCCAGUGGAGGAGGAGGGAGAUGGAGGCUGCAGCUGAAAACUCAGAGGACAGACGGCAGCUUUUGGAUGGAUCAGAGGAAGAUGAGGAGGAUGAAAAUGUCACAGAGGUCAGGACCAGCGGACCCCUGAGCUUCACAGAGAAGCUGCAGAUCAUCAGAGGUUUGCUCAAGUUCAUUUUCCCGCUGGGCCUGGUCUACUUCGCUGAGUACUUCAUCAACCAGGGCUUGAUGGAACUCCUGUUUUUUCCCAACAUUUUCCUGUCCCAUGCAGAGCAGUACCGCUGGUACCAGGUUCUUUACCAGAUCGGCGUGUUUCUGUCUCGAUCCUCCCUACGCUGUGUGAAGAUCAGGAAAAUCUGGAUUCUCUCUUUGCUACAGGUGGUGAAUGCAGUGUUUCUCUGGGUUGCUGUAAGGUACCAGUUUCUGCCCAGUGUCUGGUUCGUGUUUGCUGUGGUUCUGUAUGAGGGUCUGCUGGGUGGAGCCGCGUAUGUCAACACCUUCUACUUCAUCAGCACGGAGACUGAAGGCAGACACAGGGAGUUUGCUAUGGCUGCCUCCAGCGUAGGAGACAGUGUGGGCAUCGCCAUGGCUGCACUCGCGGCAUUCCCCGUCCACAGCUACUUCUGCUCGCUAUGACGGAGCCCACCAUGAAUAGUCGAGAUGUGGGUGUGUUUCAGCUCAGCACUUUGCUUUUAAAUGAUGGGUUACAGGCGUUACUCCUUCAGGAAAAUCACUGACUCCAUUUACUGUAUGUAUACAGAUUUAUAACUAUUGUUAACUCAGCCUUUAUACCUGAUCACAGUCUGUGGUUCUUUGACAGAAGUUAGAAAAACUGACAUUCCUGUCAGAAAUAUACAGAUGUUUGCACACCUCUGGGGCCAACAUCUCCGUACCUGCAGCUUCUUUAACACAAGGAUGUGGUCAGUUAGUCUGAUCCAACCAGAGGAAAAAAGAGGAGAAAUCUCACCUGGAAGUAAACACAACUGACCAAAAUCCAACACUGAAUCCAGUUUUUCCUCACCUUUCCUAAUUUCUCCGUACUUUACUUUACCUCACUUUACCUUACCUCACUUCACCUCGCCUUACCUCACUUUACCUCACCUCACCUUGCCUUGCCUCACUUCACCUCACCUCACCUCACCUCAC